CCUAUCGAUGAGCGGAUGAGAACCGGUAUCACCUGGCCUGUCAAGAGAGAGCAGGGAAGAGAGAGAGCGAGAGAGAGUGUGCGAUUGUGAACGCGUAUGUGGUUGUCAGUGUGUUAUAUGAGGAGAAGCUGAGGAGGACGCAAGAGAGGAAGGAUGAGCCUCGACAAUGAUCCCAGGCAGACGGUCGCAGAACGGGGGUUGGUGAGAAACGGGAACAGUACCACAGUCCAGAAUGCAUCCAAGCCUUCAACUCCCACUCGGAAACCAAAAUCACCCAAGCCGGAGAACGCGGUCACCAUCGCCGUGUCCCCCAGGGUGCUCUUCCACAUGGAGGAGGAGCAGCAGGUCUACGAGACGCAGGGGAUGGAGGACUACAUCCGGUUCCAGAAGGAGCACGAGACGGAGCCCUUGAGCCCCGGACCCGCCUUCUCAUUCGUCAAGGCUCUGGAGGCGGUGAACGUUCGCCUGAGGGAGCUCUACCCCGACAGUGAGGAGCUCUUCGACGUGGUGCUCAUGACCAGCAACCACGCCCACGUCGGCUUGAGACUCAUCAACACCAUCAACCAUCACCAGUUGUUCAUUGAGCGCUUCUGCAUGACUGGAGGAAACAGUCCUAUUGGCUACCUAAAGGCCUAUCACACCAACCUAUACCUGUCAGCCGACUCAACCAAAGUUAGAGAGGCACUGGAAGAAGGGAUCGCUGCGGCUACCAUGUUCGCGCCGGAGAAGAUGACGGAGGUGUCGGAGGCCCAGCUGCGCGUGGCCUUCGACGGAGACGCGGUCCUCUUCUCCGACGAGUCCGAGCGGAUCUUCAAGGCCCACGGACUCGACAAGUUCUUUGAGCACGAGAAGGCCCAUGAAAACAAGCCACUGGACCAUGGGCCGUUGAAGGGAUUCCUGGAGGCUUUGGGGAAGCUGCAGAAGAAGUUCUAUGCCAAAGGCCAGCGGAUGGACUGUCCUAUUCGCACUUACUUGGUGACGGCUCGCAGUGCAGCCAGUUCAGGGACCCGGGCUCUAAACACUCUUCGAUCAUGGGGCCUGGAGAUCGACGAGGCUCUUUUCCUGGCCGGGGCCCCAAAAGGGCCGAUGCUGGAGAAAAUUCGGCCCCACAUAUUUUUUGAUGAUCAGAUGUUCCACGUGGAGGGAGCAGCAGAGCUGGGGACAGUUGCAUGUCACGUGCCCUACGGCAUCGCUCAGAGAGUGGGCCCCAAAAAGCAGGUUAAGGACACAGAGACCCCCAUGGCAGCCAUUUAGUGUGGCAUUAAGAGGAAGUAGUUUUCCUAUGUUCCUAUUUAUUUAAAACAUGAAUGACUCGUACAUGGACUGGAUAAGGCAGUAAUGAUGUUCUUUGACUAGCUAUUUGAACCAUACUCAACAUGCUAGUUACAGUAUACUUUCUGCAUCCAUCCAUUUUGAUUAAAUGAAAAUUAUUUAAAACCCAUUUACAUUUUUUUUUCUCUCCAACCACUAUGUGGCGUCUCACCAGGUAUUAAUUGCAAUGGUGAAAAGUUUCAGAGGAAAAAAGUUCCAGCCGUGUCAUUACCUUCGUCAAGUAUGGUUGUCUAAUGCUCCAACUGACCCAUAACAAAAAACAUUAUGGUCGUUUAAGUAUAAAAUUCUGAUGACAUUGUCGGUGUUUAAUUAUCGAAUGCACUGAAGGUCGAUAACAUAGUGUCAUAUUCAAUUCUCAGGACAUGGCCAAAAAAGAUGGAAAAUAUUAUUUUAGGCAAGGCAACUUUAUUUAUAUAGCACUUUUCACAAGGCAGACACAAAUUGCUUCACAUAUAAAGAUUGUCAUACAAUACAAUAAUAGAUAAGUAAUGUAUAAAUUAGAGCUGUCAGUUAAACGCGUUAUUAACGACGUUAACGCAAACCAAUUUUAAUGGCGUUAAAAAAUAAAUAAUAUAUUUUCUUUUUUUCUUUGGCUCAAAACAAAGAAGCAGUAGCCUGACUGCUAUGUUCAAAUUAAAUUUGUUCAAAGCAGUCGUUUAAUUGCACUAUAGGCUCUUUUUUUGUAUCGUCCUGUUUUGAUCAGUAUAUGCCAAUGUUGUUAUCAAUAAAAAAUCAUUUGCACAAGGCAAGCCGAUGCACUUCACCAUGUUGAUAAGAGAAUUAAAAUGAAGGGAAAAUCAAGGGAUAUUUAGCAUAGAAAAAGAAUUUGCGAUUAAUCGUGAGUUAACUAUGACAUUAAUGCGAUUAAUCACGAUUAAAUAUUUUAAUCGCUUGACAGUUCUAGUAUAAAUACAAGACAGAAUAACCAAUAAUUGUUGAUUGCCAAAAGAAAACAGCUUUUUAAUUUGGAUGUCAAACAGGUGGUCUGCACCUUAACUCAAGCACAGCAUAAUUUAUGACAAGGUCUGGAUUACAAAAAACUGGAUUACAGCCAUAAAUUAUACUUGCUAAUUUUUUAUCAAUCAAUGUGUCGAUUCAACUAACCUCACGUUACUAAGGUGAACAAUUUUAGCCGACUUUUAGACAAGACGUCUUGUCAUGGAAAUGUUUACCA